GACAACGAGACCGCCGUCGUCAACAUGAUUCCACAUCUAACGCCGUCAAUGAUUUCCGUCCAUUUCCUCUCUCUCUCUCUCCCUCCCCCUCACGCGCUCUCUGUAACGCAGACCAUUCUUAGCUGUACAAGACCCUCUCUCUAGAAACAGUCAUCUCUAUCAUCUCUGUGAUUCAACAAGGAGAGAGAAGAAGAAGAAGAAGAAGGAGAAGAAGAAAACUCCUUGAUCGUCGUUGAAGCAGCAUCAUCAUCACAACUAAAUAAGAGAUUCGUCUCAGAGAAUGGCUAGUCGAGUGAAAGAAGACGAGAAAAACGAGAGGAUUAUUAGGAGUCUUCUCAAACUUCCUGAUAACAGGAGGUGUAUAAACUGUAACAGCCUUGGACCACAAUAUGUUUGCACUACUUUCUGGACUUUCGUUUGUACCAACUGCAGUGGAAUACAUCGUGAGUUUACUCAUCGCGUUAAAUCAAUAUCAAUGGCGAAAUUUACCUCACAAGAAGUCUCUGCUCUAAAAGAAGUUGGUAAUCAGCAUGCUAAGGACAUUUAUUUUAAAGGACUGGAUCAACAGAGACAGUCAGUGCCUGAUGGCAGUAAUGUAGAGAGGUUAAGGGACUUCAUCAGACAGGUGUAUGUAAAUAAAAGGUACACGAAUGACAAGAAUGAUGAAAAGCCUCCAAGAGGACCAACGGGCGAUAGUGAGACCCGAAGUUCCAGUGGGUCCCGAAGUCCACCAUACGACGAUGGUUAUGACCGUCGUUACAGCGACAGAUCAAGUCCUGGUGGGAGAAGUCCAGGGUUCGAGCCGGGUAACAGAAAAAGCCCUUCUCGUCCUGAGGUCGUGAAUGAUUGGCGCAGAGAGGAUAGAUUUGGUGGUAGAAAAAAACCAGAAGAGGAGUCACAUUCACCUGAGCAAGUCAAAGACAUGGGUUCAGCUAGCCCUCCCGUGCUUCGACCCGUUAGGGAAAUUUUGGGUGACAGUGUUAUCCCUCUUCGCGUGAUAGAGCCUCCAAAACCUCAAGUUAACCGAAAUAGCGAUGCUUCAGCACACGCAAAGCCAUCUGCAUCAUUGAGUAGUUUAUUAACCUCCACAAAUGAGAAUCCACCAGAAGUGAAGGUGGAGACUUCUAUAAGCUUGAUUGAUUUCGACGCUGAUCCCGAACCUCCUGCUCAAUCUGUUGCUAUACAACCACCGAUAUCGAACACGCCUCAUCCUCCUGCACAGCCAGCAAGUACACCUACUGAUAACUGGGCAUCUUUCGAUGUUGCGCCUAGUGCCCCUAGUUUAAACGUAUCUCAAUCACCACCACCAAGUGGAAACACGGUGGAUUCGCUUCUCUCUCAGUUAACAGCGCCUUCUUCCGCGCCAGUUCAGACAUCUACUCUACCUAGUGGACCUGUUCAUCUUGGUCAUUCCACGUCCCAAAUCUUUGCACCACCACCUCUAAAUGGACAUUCAAGUGAACAGGAUUUAUUCACUGUAAGCUACCCAUCAUACCAUGCAGCAGUUCCUGGGUGGCAAGCUGGUCCACCUCAUGGUAUGCACUAUGGCAUGCAACAGCAGUAUAAUAACACCAUGCCUUACCAGAAUGUUCCUCAGCCAGCUAAAUCAAUGAACCCUUUUGACAUUAGCUCUGAGCCGCCACCGCAGACACAAACAGAAACUAUGUUCCCUUCCAUGGGGUCUCUGCAAGGUGCAUUACCUCCUUCAGGCAUGAUGCCUUCUCAAGGAGUACACAAUCACUUCAAUAUACCCUCCCAAGUCUCAAACCAUCCAUCUGCAAUGCUACCAAGGUACAUAUCUCCUCAAAUACCAGCAACCUUGCCACCUAGCAAUAUUGCCAACAUGGGAGCUCCAUAUGACAACACUCAACAAACAUAUCAGAAUUUCGGAAGCUCAUUUUCUGCUGCAGUUCCUUCGAACCCACCUUCUUUCCCUUCAGGAGGAAACCCGUUUGGGUAAGCAAAGAGCGAAUAGCAUUAGCUCGAAAUCCGUUAUGCUUGAAGUUUAAGUUCUAAGGUGUGGUAUAAAGGUAUCAAAAUCGAACUUAAGCAUGGGUUGAAAAAGUGAACGAAGGAAGGAAGGUACGAGUCCAUGAACUUGGAGGGUGUUAGAUGAUAUUUUUUUUUUUCUUAUGAAAGGUUUUUUUUUAAAAAAAUAGGUUUGAUUUAUUAUUAUUAUUCUUUGGUUUUUCUAUAUUUCAUUUCCCAUUUUGAUGUUGUUUUAUUGUAUAACAAACUUGAGGGUGGUUUCCUGGGGAUAAAUCUUGAGGAUCCUUUGUGUUGUAUGUUUUUUGUAAAAGAGUCUUACACAUUUGAUCAUCUAGUCAACUGAAUAUUGGAAGUUUAAGGACUUGAUGGAUGCAUCAUUAUUGGAGUUUAGAAUUUGUUUAACAUUGAAAUUUGGGGAAAUUCACC